CAACAACCCUUUUUGUCUUUCUAUUUUCUUUUCUUUUUCCCAUUUCAAAGCCAAAACCAAAAACCGAAAGCCUUGUUUUUCACUCUUCCAGGGUCUUCUUCCAAGUUGCAACCAAACCCCAUCUUAAAGCAAGCUCUCUCUAUUUUUCUUGAGUCGCAGAGCGGUUUUUGGUGGCCGUGGCAGUGACAAAAACACCCACCUAUUCCAAAUGGAAUACAUCACAAGCUCAAGACCUCAAGAAAUCAGAGAGAAGCCGUAUUCGUAUUCCCCUAUAAACUCGCCGAGGAGCAACAACAAUGGCAUGACCACCAACGCCAACAGCAGCGUCUGCAGCAGCAGCAGCCCGGCGGUGGCGACUCAAAUCCCGACAACCCCGAAAGUCUCAACUCCCAGAUCUGACUCCAAUCCCUACCCGACAACCUUUGUCCAAGCUGACUCCUCGAACUUCAAACAUGUUGUCCAAAUGCUCACCGGCUCCUCGGAAACUGUCACUCACCAGUCCUCCCCCAAACCCACAGCCGCCGCCCACCACAACAGCCACCACCACCACCACCACCAAGAUCCAACAAUUUUGCCACCCUCCAACAAAAACUUCAACAUCCCACCAAUCAAAACCGCCCCACCGAAAAAGCAGGGCUUCAAGCUCUACGAGCGGCGGAGCACCAAUCUCAAAAACACCCUCAUGAUCAACACCCUCAUCCCCAACUUCCAAUCGGCUUCUGGGUUUUCUCCACGUCAUCAGGAGAUACUCUCCCCGAGCCUGCUUGACUUCCCGUCACUCACCCUCAGCCCGGUGACGCCGUUGAACGACCAGUUCGACAAGUCGGCGUCGUCGCCGUCACUGGGAAAUUCUUCGUCGGAGGAGGACAGGGCGAUUGCGGAGAAAGGGUUUUACUUGCACCCGUCGCCAAGGGCUACGACGACUCUGAGAGACCCGGAGCCGCGGCUUCUGCCUCUGUUUCCGGUCACUUCGCCGAGAGUUUCUGGGUCGUCUUCUUGAUCAAAUGACGAGGAGAGAGAGAGAGAGAGAUGUGUAGUAAGUAAUAUUUACUGUGAGUGGGUUUUGAUUAAAAUGAUCGUCAGGAGAAGUGAAGAUUAAUGGGUUUUGGAUGAUUUUUCAAUGACAGAUGCAAGAAAGAAAAGCAAGAAACCAGAAAGUGGGGCUUUCUGUUACUCUUAUGACACUUGAGAACGAAAGGAGGAAGAAAGCAAAAAAUUAAAGUACAAUUUGAAUUAGCAGAUUAAAGCUGCAGAGAAAAUGUUAAGACUUUUUCUUUUUUCCUUUUUAACACUCAAUUUCUGUCAUAGUGUGUGCGGCGUGCCCAAGAAGUAGGUGCAUUGAACUGAAAAACCGCCAAAGUUCUUUCUUUUUUGUUUAUUUUUUGCAAGUUGAUGAUGCAUGAAGAUUUUAUCUUUUAUCUACCUGUUUUAAAUUGACAAGUAGUCUUGCUUUUGUUGGAUUGUUGAGCCAGUUUUGGAUUUUAAUGGAAAUUGGAUAUCUUGAUAUUUAUCAAAGAAAAA